AUGGCCACCCCCAGUGUCCUGUCUUUUGACGCUGAGGGUCGCCCCAUUGACUUUCCAGUCUGGAUUGAGGACCUGCAGCUGUACUUACUGUGCGAUGCGAUCGAUGAGGUUUCUCUCUUUGACUUUGUCUCUGGAGCUGUCCCUGCCCCUCCUGCUGAUGCUGACCCUGCUGUUCGCUCCAAGUGGGCCACACGCGAUGCUGCUGCACGUCUUGCUGUGCGUCGCCACCUCCCUUCCUCCGAGCGUGCCCACUUUAGUCAGUGCAAGACCGCUCAGGCCUUGUACGACGCUGUAGUUGCACGCUACUCCUCCCCUUCCUCCGCUACGCUGAGCCGCCUCAUGCUACCGUUUCUCUUCCCUGACCUCGCUGCCUUUCCCACUGUCGCUGACCUCGUUACCCACCUCCGCGCUAGUGACGCUCGCUACCGCGCUGCCCUUCCUGCUAAGUUCCGCGCCGCAAACCCUCCUCCCAUGUACAUCACUCUCUACUUUCUCGUCACCCGUCUCCCUGAGUCCCUUCGUGUCGUUAGGGACCAGUUUCUCUCUGUCUGUCCCACCACCCUCACUGUCGACCUCCUUGAGGAGUCCCUGCUAGCGGCUGAGAAGAGUAUCGUCGCUGUAGGGGCCUCUCGGGGUGACCCUCGCACCCCCAUCUUUGAGGGGUGUUCUCCUUCCCCCCUGCUGCCCUCUGUCGCCUCUGCCGCUGCGGCCGACCUCGCUGGUUUUGAGUCGGUCGGUGCGGCGUCUGCCCCCAGCGGUAGACGCCGCUCUGGCAAGGGCAAGGGGGGCAAGGGAGCGGGUGGAGCUAGAGGGGGCAGUGGCGGAGGAGGUGGGGGUGGCGGAGGGAGUGGGGGUGGCGGUGGAGGUGGUGGCGGGAGUGGAGGUACUGGUGGAGGCGGUGGAGGCGGAGGUGGCGGCGGAGGCGGUAGCGGAGGAGGCGGGGGCGAGGGUACCGGUGGGGGCGGUGGCGGUGGAGACGGGGGUGGCGGUGGAGGCGGGAGUGGCGGUGGCGGCGGGGGUCGGAGUGGCUCGUCCCAGCGGAGCAGCUCUGGGGGUGGCCAGCGCCAGCAGCAGCAGCAGCAGCAGCAGCGCUCUCGCACCGUCCCCGCCCCUCAGCAGCUCCGUGAGUGGUACUUGCAGCGUCAGCGUGGUGGUGCGUUUGGUCCCUGCCCCUACGUUCUUCGCACCGGUGACCGUGCGGGGGAGAGGUGUGGAGGCACCCACGCAGCCCGCCGCUGCUUUGGCCGCCUGACCGACGCCUGGCGUCAGCAGUUUCCGGAGGCCGCUGAGAUCCCCCGCUGGGGGGAGCUGUCUAGGGCUGGUGUAGCCAUUUAUGAUCUUGACUUUGAUGCUAUUCUUUCUGCUAUGUAUGGUGUGACUGGUAGUGAUGAGGAUGACUGUUACCGGUGUUUCCCGCCCGACCCGGGCAUUGGUACUGCUGCGUCAGGUGCUGGUGAGGCUGCUGCUCUAGGUGCCAGUGCGUCUGUGCUCUCAGGUAUUGGUGAGUUUGCCCUCUCAGGUACUGUGUCGGCUUCGGCCUCUCACACCUUCACCCUUGACUCUGGAGCGUCUCGCUCCUUCUUUCGGGACCGCACCACUCUCACGCCGCUGAGUCGGCCGGUUGCGGUGUCCCUGGCUGACCCCUCUGGGGGGCCUGUCCUGUCUCGCUUCUCCACGGUCCUUCCGUGUCCGGCGGCCCCCUCUGGCACCCUGUCUGGUCUCUACCUCCCCUCGUUCUCGACGAACCUGGUGAGUGGUGCUGACCUACAGGAUGCGGGUGUCCACCAGUUCACUCCUGCUCGUCAGCGAGUGACCCACUGCACGGAGGCUAGCACGGGACGCCACCUGGCUACGUUUACACGUCGGCCAGGGUCGAGCCUGUACACACUGACCACUGCUUCUCCUCCAGGUGCUGAGUCUGGUAGGGUCCCUUCGUCUGGUCAGGUGUUUGCCGCAGCGUCCAGGUCUGGUCCUGAGUCUGCCCCCUGUUCGUGUCGUCGUCUGUCUCACGAGACCCUCCUCUGGCACCACCGCCUUGGCCACCCCUCUCUGCUUCGGCUCAGAGGCAUGGCCUCCCGUCUUCUUGUGUCUGGUCUCCCCCGGUCUCUACCUCCCCUUCCUCAGGGCCCUGGCCCUACCUGUGUCCCCUGUGUCGAGGGGCGCCAGCGUGCUGCCCCUCACUCCUCCCAGUUUCCUCCGACAAAGGACCCCUUGCAGACGCUUCACAUGGACGUGUGGGGCCCAGCCCGCGUCCGUGGACAGGGUCAGGAGCGCUACUUCCUGCUCGUUGUUGACGACUACUCGCGUUACACCACAGUCUUCCCCUUGCGCAGCAAGGGUGAGGUCACUGAGGUGCUGAUCGACUGGAUCCGCGCAGCUCGUCUUCAGCUCAGGCAGAGCUUUGGCUCCGACUUUCCUGUGUUGCGUCUGCACUCAGACAGAGGCGGAGAUUUCUCCUCUGGCCUUCUGCGUGCCUACUGUCGUGCGCGAGGCAUCCGCCAGUCCUUCACGCUUCCGGACUCCCCGCAACAAAAUGGGAUUGCUGAGCGCCGCAUUGGCAUGGUCAUGGACGUCGCCCGUACGUCCAUGAUGCAUGCGGCUGCCCCCCAUUUUCUGUGGCCGUUUGCGGUCAGGUACGCAGCGCAUCAGAUCAACCUCCACCCCAGGGUCUCCAGGCCGGAGACCUCCCCAGCCCUGCUGUGGACGGGGAAGGUUGGCGAUGCGUCGGCGUUCCGGGUCUGGGGAUCUCGGGCGUUUGUCCGCGACUUGUCUGCGGACAAGCUGUCCCCUCGCGCUGCUCCCUGCGUCUUCCUGGGGUUUCCCCCCGACGCCCCUGGGUGGCAGUUCUACCACCCCACCUCUCGACGUGUUCUGUCCUCCCAGGACGUCACGUUCGACGAGUCGGUACCCUACUACCGCCUCUUCCCCUACCGCACUCCGUCCCUCCCCCCACCCCCGCUCUUCUUGACGCGGUCGAGCCUCUCGAGGUCACUGGUGACUCUGGUGCUGCUGCGGGAGCUGAGCCUGGGGGUGCGGAGCCUGGGGGUGCGGAGUCUGGGGGGUGCUGAGCCUGGAGGUGCCGAGCCUGGGGGUGCUGAGCCUGGGGGUGCUGCGCCUGGGGGUGCUGAGCCUGGGGGUGCUGAGCCUGGGGGUGCUGAGCCUGGAGGUGCCGAGCCUGGGGGUGCUGAGCCUGGGGGUGCUGCGCCUGGGGGUGCUGAGCCUGGGGGUGCUGAGCUUGGGGGUGCUGAGCCUGGGGGUGCUGUGCCUGGGGGUGCUUCGUCUCGCCGGGAGCCACUCUCCCCACAGGAGCUGCGUGAGUGGUUUGCCAGGCGCUGGAGGCGUGUUGCUGGUGCUGGUGGUUCUUCGGCUGCAGAGGGUACUGCUGCCGCGCGUCCCGGCGGUGCUCGUACUGUGGGUGCUGGAGCUGCUGGGUCUGAGGGUUCUCCUGGAGCUGGUGCUGCUGAGGGUGUUGGCGCUGUGCCUGCUGCUGGCGGUCCGACUGACUGUGCUCCUGGUGCUGCUGCUGGAGGUUCUGGUGCUGCUGGAGGUGCUACUGUAGUGGGUGCUCCUGCUGGGGGUACUGGUGCUGUUCCUGCUGUUUCUGGCGUCGCCGCGCGGCCCCGACCGUACUUCGUUCCGCUCCUGCAGCAGGUUCUUGGUCUUACACCUCCUCCUCCCUUAGAGGGUCCGCAGCCUGUCCGGUCACAGCCACAGCUACAGCCUGCCUCCCCUUUGCCUGCUCCUGCUCCCUACGCUGGUCCGACUGGAGGUCUUACUGAGCGUCGUGAGCCUGCGUCUCGUCCUGCGUCGCCUGUUCGUACUGCGCGCGCUAGUGGUCGCGGUUCGCGUCAGCGUCCUCCUCCUGUCCCUGGCACACACCGGAUGUCACUGCGUCCGUCCACUGCUCCUCUGCGUGCCCCUUUGCCUUCUCCUCCUGCUUCCUCUCUUCCUGCUCUUGCCGACCCGGAGUCGGACUCUCUUCGUGCUGCCAGUCCUACUGUCACGCGUCUCCUUGCUACUGCUGUCACUGACCCUUCCUUCGAGUCGUCUGCUGCGUCUGCCCUUGUCACUGAGCUUGUCGACUUUGCUGCACGCUGUCGUCUAGACUACGCUGCCAGUCUUGUCGCUGAGUCUGAGUCUGCCUGUCCUCCGUCCGUCGGGGGUGAGUGUGCCCUCGGCACGGACGUCCUUGAGGACAGGCAGGAGGAGUUCCAGUGUCUGGCAGCCGCUUCACCUCAUCUCGCGUCUGUACUGCUAGCCCCUGAGGGAGACCCGGAUGCACCAGACAUCCCGAAUCCGCGCUCUUACGCGGAGGCGAUAGAGGGUCCCUACUCCUCUCAGUGGCAGGCAGCUAUGGAUGCAGAGAUGGCUUCCUGGAAGUCCACAGGCACCUACGUCGACGCUGUUCCCCCUCCUGGGGCGAACAUCGUCAGUGGCAUGUGGAUUUUCAGGGUGAAGCGGCCGCCGGGUUCACCGCCUGUCUUCAAGGCGCGUUACGUGGCUCGUGGCUUCAGUCAGCGGCAGGGGGUUGACUACUUUCAGACCUUCUCCCCCACCCCGAAGAUGACUACUCUUCGGGUUCUGCUGCACGUUGCUGCUCACCGUGACUACGAGCUGCACUCUCUCGACUUCAGCACAGCUUUCUUGCAGGGCAGUCUGCACGAGGAGAUCUGGCUGCGUCGCCCACCUGGCAUCACUGGGUCUUUCCCUCCUGGUACCCAGCGGAGUCUCCGGCGUCCAGUCUACGGUCUCCGCCAGGCGCCUCGUGAGUGGCACGACACACUGAGGACUACGCUCGCGGCACUUGGGUUUGCUCCGUCUGCCGAUCCGUCGCUGUUUCUGCGCACCGACACCUCUCUGCCGCCGUUCUACAUCCUCGUGUACGUCGACGACUUGGUCUUUGCCACAGCUGACACUGCUGGACUCGCCUACGUGAAGUCCGAGCUGCAGAAGAGACACACGUGCACUGACCUGGGUGAACUGCGUAGCUACCUUGGCUUGCAGAUCACCCGGGACAGAGCGCGUCGCACCAUUACCCUGACUCAGUCACACAUGGUGCAGCAGGUCCUUCAGCGCUUCGGCUUCACGUACUCCUCGCCUCAGGCCACUCCUCUGCCUACUCGCUGUCAGAAUCAGAAGAAAGAAAGAGGAUUGAACUAG